CCUCGACCACCUCCCCCAGCGGGCUCUCGGGGAUUCCUCCGGCCGAGUCCAGCCAGGAGGGUUCCCGGGACUCGGCGCGAACUGCCCGCCUCCUCCCGCGUCUCCGCCCCCCGCCGGGGCCGCCGGGCGCCGAAGGAGGCGAGGGUGCCGCGGCUGGAAAAUGAGCGGUGCCCGGAGGGGGGCCCGGAGCUGCAGCGCGGAUCGCGCGGCUGUUGCCGGGAGCGGCGGGAGGCGGCGGCUGCGGUGAACCGAGUCGCGCGCGGACGCCGGAUGCCUCCGAAGAUGGAGAAGUUUCUGCAGAUCGCGCCUCACUCUCUGGCCAUCGUCCUGGGCCCCGCCGAGGGGCCGGCGGGGGAGAGGUCCGAGGCCGCCCGGCCCGCGUCCCCGGCCCAGCCCCGGCAGCUCGCCCGGCACCACAUCGGCUACGAGAUCUUCGCCGACUUCAAAGCCGAGAACAUGCAGCACUUCUGGAACAAGAAGGUCACGGCCGCGGUGGCCGAGACGUUCUUCCUGGGCUGGAUCGACGAGCAGGUCCUGCUGAUCCAGGGCAAGGAGGAGCAUCUGGAGGCGCUGCGCGAGGGCUGGUCGCGCCGGGCGCUGCGGCCGCCCUCGGGCUUCCACAUCCGCUGCCUGGUGACGGCCCUAUAAUAGAAUUUUCUGUGUUGAGAACCCAUCUGUCGAUGUAAAAUGACGUGUCUCUGAAACCUCCUCCUUCCCAGUACCAAACACGUGCGGAGCCUCGAAAGUCCCCCAUCGGCACGGAUGCUGGCGGAUUAAUAGUAUGUCCAAAGGAAGCUCCUUCUCAUGAAUCUGUGGGUCCCCAGAGGUCCUGAAAGACUUCCCAGUGUCUCUAAGUGGUGGACUCCGUUUGGCGGGAUUGCACCUUCUUCCCACCUGAGAUCUCUGGGGCCUCUGUCUUCAUGGGGAGCCCAGGGGUGCUCCGAGCAUGCUGCUGGAGGGUGGUUGUGGCUGCAUCCUCUCCUAGUGUUUCCUUCUGUCGCUGCCACCCUUCCCCCGAUGCUGUGCCACACGUGCCCCUCCCCAUUUCGUCUACUUUCCCUCCUGGGUUUGGGCAAUUUUUCCUUUUAAAUCUUGCAAGGAAGAUUAUAAUUUCAUCUCUGCCUUUCUUCUUCUAAGCCAAGCCCUACCCCCUCACCCCCUGGAAUUUUUAAGAAACUGAUGUUCUCCUUAUGUGUCCAUUUCCAGGACACUGGAGCUCAGCGCCCGCUCUUCUGAGGAACGUUAUCUUCAGAGAUUGCAGGCUAUUGCAUACCUUUGGAAGUCACCUUCAUGAGUCCAAGAUAGUGUCCAGUGACCCUUUCAUUGUGAAAAAGAUGGGAGAA